CUAUUCUGACACCUUCUCUGGGUCCGCGGACCAGUCUUAGCACGUCAGGUUUGCUCGCUCUCACUCACCUCGCAUCGCGGGGUUUGAAAAUGGCUCGUGCCCCGCCCAUCAUUGAUUUUGCGCCCUUCUACCAUGGAGACAGCGAGACACGCGCACGUUUGGUAGAGGAGAUUCGCAGCGCGUGCGAAGGGCUCGGCUUUUUCCAACUGUGUAACCAUGGCAUCCCCGUCGAUCUCCAAGAUGGGAUCCUCCAACAGUCCCAGCAGCUCUUCCGUCUGCCUCCGGAGGUCAAAGAGAGGUACAACCGGGACAAUGACCGCUUCAACCGCGGAUACGAACCCCUCCGGUCCCAGAACUUCGAGAAGCGCUCCAAAGGCGACCUGAAGGAGGGUUUCUUCCUGGGACGCGACCUCCCGCUGGACGAUCCAGUCGUCCAAGCCGGCCACUUCGGCCAGGGUCCCAACAAGUACCCUGCAGAGGUCCCCGAUCCGGCCCUCUUUCGGGCCACCGUGGAUUGCUAUUAUGAUGCCGCGCUGGAGCUGGCAGUCGAUAUCAUGGCCGUCAUUGCAGAGAUGGUGGGGUUGGAUCAACAGACCCUCGAGCGCUUGUGUCACAGGCCCAUCGCGACCCUGCGUCUGCUCCAUUACCCCCCCCAGCCUCCUGAUGCGCCUGAAUUGGAGAGAGGAAUCGGCGCUCACAGCGAUUUCGGCGCGAUCACCAUCCUGCUGCAGGACUCGACGGGGGGUCUGCAGGUGUGGGACCGCGAGUCGAGUGAAUGGGCGGACGUGCAGCCCAUCCCCGGCGCGGUCGUGGUCAACACGGGCAACCUGAUGAUGCGCUGGUCCAACGACCGAUACAUCUCCAACCUGCACCGGGUCAUCAACCGGUCCGGUCACGAGCGCUACAGCGUUCCGUUCUUCUUCGAUGGGAAUGCGGAUUUCGUGGUCGAGUGCCUGCCGAGCUGCCGGGAGGCCGGCCAGCCCGCCAGGCACGCGCCCAUCACGGUGGGCGCGUGGAUGGCCGGUCGGUAUGCGGAUACGUAUGAGGGGGAUGAAGGGAACCCUGCAAAGGAUCUCGUGGGUUUAGACUAGCUGUAUCCCGCGGAAGUAAUCCUCCA